GCGGUGAAUGGAGCGGGAAGGAUACAACUGUUUCGGUUGUUGUCAGUUCGUCUUUGUAAUUCUCUUUCUGCUCCUGAUAACUUGGACUGCUUCUAGCUCAGCUUUUAAAGUUUAUGUAGUUAAAAAAAAACAACAAACAAAAACAGCACUUGUCCACAGAGAGGGCACUUAGUUGUGUGUUUAGCAAUACUGUCUGUACGGAGGAUGUGCCGAAGCUAACGUGUGUAAAUGAUUCGAUCCACGGGUGGAUUGGAAUUGUUCCCCGUCAAUGGCCGCCAAAGAUGAUUGGCAGCAUCCUUACGUCAACAUAUUCAAACAGUUCCGAGUGUCAGAGUGGCAAAAGGCAUCCAAAGAAGGAGACGUGUCGCUAUACACGGACAAGACCCUCAACAGUUCUGUGUUUCGGAUCAAGGGUUCUGUACCUACUGACAGCCACAUUCAGAUUCCUAAAAACUCGCAACAGUCUCUGGGUCUGACAGGACGAUAUUUAUACAUCCUCUUCAAGCCGAGUCCAGGAAAAUCGUUUUUGGUGAUCCUGGAUGUUACUGCGGAGGAUGGCCGCGUGGUCCGUAUCUCCGUCUCCAACAUGUUCAAAGAGUUCAAAUCCACAGCCACGUCGCUUCUCUUCCCCUUCCAGUGCGGGUCUGAAGUUGAUUGUAGUCGUGAAACGACAGCCACGUCUACACGACAACGUUACGGGCCUCUGGCACUCCCCAAGGUGCAUUGGACCUGUUUGAUGAUGGAUCUGCAGCGUACGCUUACGACCUACCUCAACCAACUCUACUUCAGUCAUCUGAAGAGCAUCAAGCUGUGCUCCUACAUGUGUGUGAAAAACAUAUUUACCAGCGACCUGAUGCUUAAUCCCGAGGUUUCCUACCAUGACGCCAAGCAAAUGGGCGUGCUGCCUUCAGACGGCACUGGACCCAUGCCCAGAGACAUGUCGUUUCCUGUGCCCAAGGGACUCACCUGGCAGAAGUGCUACCAUUACAUCAGGUUUCCAUUAGAAGAAGAUUUAAACAGUGGUAUCAUACGAAAAGGACCUUUAAAGGUGGAGGCCCCAAAUGUGCCCAGCCUCAUAGAAGAAGAACCCCAACCCCCCUGCCCCGAAUUACAGGUGAUCAGUAUACCCGAGCUGCCUGAAGUCGUCACUGAGGGGGUGGCUGAGCAGGAAUCGCCACACCCCGGUCGACACGCCUCGCCCCCACCGUUUGUCAAUGAGGAGGAUGGGCUCAUGCAGCACCCGGAGGAAGCAGAAGAGGAGGUUGCUGUCAGUCCUGAAGAGGUGCAGAAGCUCUUGCCAGACCCGAUUCUCAGGCUCAGGAGAAUAAUUGGUUUUGGAGGAGCCACCACCAAAUGUGCCUUAUGGACCAUGUCCGGCGAUUCUGUGGUCUAUCCAUGUCACGCUAUUGUUGUCUCCAUGAAGAUAGACUCGAAUGAGCAGAGAUUCUUCAUUGGCCACACUGAUAAGGUGUCUGCACUGGCAUUUAAUGGCAACACUACAUUGCUGGCCUCCGCACAAACUGGUAAUUACUGUGUAGUUCGAAUAUGGAACUACCUCAAAGGAAACUGUGUGGCCAUGUUCAGGAUGCAUGCUCAUUCAGUAACAUCUCUUAGCUUCUCACACAGCGGCAGCAUUCUCUGUGGUGUGGGGAAAGACAGCCGCGGUAAAACGUUGCUGGUUGUGUGGAACACAGCCAAUGUCGGCAACGGCGGAGAAGUGAGCAUGUUUGCGAAGACAAAAGUGGACGUGGACAUUAAAACCAUGAAGAUUGCCAACUUUGAUGAGACAAGGCUGGUGUCAUGCGGUCAUGAUAGCAUUCGUCUGUGGCGGGCACGCAAAGGCACGCUGCGUUCAUGCCCAAUCAACCUCGGUGAAUAUCGCCCGUUGGAUUUCACUGAUGUGGCCUUUGAGGAAGGAGACUCCCCCGAACAGCAUCUUGAGGAUAGGUUGCUCUUUGCUAGCACCAGGUGUGGCCACAUCUUUGAGAUUGACUACACUAGAGUUGUCAUUAGAAAUGUCAGGUGGUUGUUUCCAGUGCAGCAGCAGCAGCAGGAGAAAUGGACUCUCAACAAAGGUCCAGGUAUCGCCAUCAAUAGCCUGAGCGUGUGCUCGACCUUCUGUGCCACGGGGUCCGAAGAUGGCUUCCUGCGGCUGUGGCCUCUGGAUUUUUCCAAUGUCUUCCUGGAAGCCGAACAUGAGGGUCCCGUGAGCCUGGUAUCUGUGUCAUCUGACAGCAUGCAGGUCCUGGCUGCCACUUGUUUUGGUAACCUGGGUUUCCUUGAUGUGAGCAGCCGGGGUUACAACACGCUAAUGAGGUCGCACACUGGCACUGUGUUAGGCUUCAGUGUGGAUGGAAUUCGCCGGCAUCUCACGACGGCUUCUUCUGACGGCUCUGUGCGCAUUUGGUCGAUGGACUCCUUGCAUCAGCUUUAUGACUUUGUGUCAGAGGAUAGGCCAUGCUCAGUGGCCUUCCAUCCCAGCGAGCAGAUCUUCUCUUGUGGCUUCAGCUCAGGCAUUGUCCGAGUCUUCGAUAUCUCCUGUGGCAAGCUCUUGGCUGAGCACAAUCAUCACAGAGGUGACGUGGUGGGUCUUGCCUUCUCCCCCAAUGGAGACUGUAUGUACAGCGGUGCCUCGGAGGGCUCUCUUGCCCUCUACAACUCCUGUGACAAUGACAGCCACGUGAUCCGAAUUGUCUGUGGUGUGGUUGCCCGAGGCACUGGGCGUGCUCCAGAUGCUCUUACAGUGAGCAGCGACAGCCGCUGUCUGGCUUUUGUCGGCCCCUCUGAGUACACCAUCACCAUUGCUGACGCGCUGUCGCUAGAGGAGUCGCUCCGUCUCGAUGUGAGCAUUUUGGAUUCGGAGAGCACCUUUCUGGAUUCUGCGCUGAAAGUCUGCUUUUCGUCAGCCUCCCCUGAGCAUUUGUUGGUCGCGACAUCUGCUAACAAAAUCCUCUGGGUCAACACCAAGACGGGUUGUCUGCUCCGGCAGGUGUCCAAGGUGCACAAGCACUGGUGUUCAUCUCUAGCUGUGAGCCAAGACCGCCGUUUUUUGGUCACAGCGGGACAUAAUGCAGUCAAAGUGUGGGAUUACAACAUGCAUUUUAGUUUGAAGUCACAGAUGUUUAUAGGUCAUAGUCAGCCCAUCAAUCAGGUGAGCUUCACCCCUGCACAAGAUGGUGUGGUCUCAGUGGGGGAUGCCAUUUUCCUUUGGGACUUCCUGGCACACCCGGUUGACUUGCUACAUACAUUACGUUUACCAUCGCGAUCUGUGCCCACCUCAGCUGUGGCUGAGAUGCCUCGGGAUAGGGCGCCUCUACCCUUGUCUCCUCCGCCGCCACUGGAUCUGAGUGCCAUCGAAGGCGAGCUGAAUGUCACAGACGCUGGUUCAGAUUCCAGCGCUCAUCCCAAGCCUGCCACAUCCUUUUUAAAAAUCACAGAAUUAGGUGAUAUCAUCAAACUAAGUACCAACCCUCAAAGCAAUGAUUUCACUGGGAAGAGACGGGUGCGUCCAGAUUGUUAUAGACACUUCAUACCACGUUAUAAGAAUUCCAUUCCUGAUGAGACUGCUGUGACACCGCAGCCAGGCGAAGCAUGCAUGAUGCUGAAGACAGUCAUUGGUUACAAUGGCAAUGGGCGUGGGAACCUGGUUUGGAGCCCGGACCAAGGUUUAUUUGCAUACUCCUGCGGUGGUGUGGUGGUGGUAGAGAACGUCAACUCAGGGCAUCAGAGACACUUGCAGGGCCACAGAGAAGAGAUAUCUUGUCUUGCAAUCUCAAACGAUGCUCGGAUGAUGGCGUCCGCUGCAAGCAAAAGUGCCAACCGGAGCGUCAUUUGCAUUUGGGCCAUUCAGAGCGGCGCUUGUCUGAAUACCUUUUCCUACCACAGAGGGGCAGUGCAGAGUCUCGCGUUCUCCAAAGACGAUCGCUUCUUACUCUCCAUAGGAGACUUCUCUGACCCAGUGGUGGCUGUGUGGAGCAGCACCACCUUCCAGAUGCUCUCCAAAGAGAGCGUGUUGGGGCCGAUCCACGACGCAGCCUUCAGCCCCUCUGUGGCCGCUCAGCUGGCCUGCGUGGGCAGCCAAGGUGUUUACUUUGGGCUCUUCCACAGCCAAGGUCAAGAUGGUGAGCUCAAACUCCAGAGAGUGAGAACGCCAGUCGAGGUGGGCGACGUGGAACUGACAGCUCUGUGCUACCAUUCGGACUCCUUGCUGUUCACCGCCACCAACAGAGGACACCUUUGCGCUUGGGACAUCAAGACACAGAGCUGCUUCAUGACAUGGGAGGCUGACGAGGGAGAGAUUGGUGUACUGCUGUGCCGAGGGAAUAUUCUGUUGACAGGCAGCAACACCCACUGGCUGCGACUGUGGGAGGUAGAAGGUGUGCGGCGUAUGAAGCCUGCGGGCAAGGCGUGCAGAAAAGACAGCGGGACAUCGGUGGUGUUGAAGCAGGAGAUAAUGCUGGAUGGGACCACGGUCAGCGCCGCCUUUGACAACACAAUGGACAUGGGCAUCGUGGGCACCACCAUGGGAACCUUGUGGUACAUAGACUGGUUGGACAACAGCAACAUCCGGCUGGUCAGCGGCCACAAGAAUAAGGUGAAUGAUUUGGCCUUUCAGACGGAUGAGACCCACUUUGCCACCUGCAGCGAAGACGGCAGUCUGAGGGUGUGGUCCAUCCCCGGUAAUGAACUGGUGGUGCAGUUCCAGGUGCUCGACCAGUCCUGUACCUGUGUGUGCUGGAGCCCUUCUCCGGGUAUGCAGCGUGUGCGCGUGGCGGCGGGAUACAGCGACGGCACCCUACGCAUCUUUCGGCUCGCCACCUCUGAAAUGGAGAGGAAGCUACAUCCCCAUCGCGUUGCUGUCACUGCCGUCCAGUACUCUGCCAACGGUGACGUUAUCCUCUCUGGUGGGAAAAACGGUCUCAUAGCUGUCAGUCGUGCCCUGGAUGGAUCAACCAUCCGCGUUUUCAGGGACCACAAAGCAGCAGCCAUCACCACCAUCCAGUGUGUUCGUGAACAGUGUAAGGACUUUGGACUGGUUGGCAACGAGCUGUGGUUGGCUGCCAGCGUUGACAGGCGCGUCAGUGUGUGGGCAGCCGAUUGGUUCAAGUGCAAGUGUGGUUUACUCGACUGGCUCACACUUCCUGCGCCACCGUAUUGCCUGGAUGAAAGCCCACCCCCCAGCCUGGCUGCCUUCUGCCCAACAGAUCCCAGUCUGGUAAUCUACACUGGUUACGGGAUAGAGAAAGAGCUGACUUUCUACAGCCUCUCGAAGAAGAGGAUAAUCAAAAAGAUGGCUCUGCCUCACUGGGCAACGUGCUUCAGCCUCUCUUCCAAGAGUCAACUCAUAGCGUUGGGAUCAAAAGAGCGAGUGUUGAAGCUGAUCAAAUGGACCAGCGGCAAGUUCCAGGACUUCUUCCAGCACAGCGACUCUCUGCAGACGUGUUGUUUCUCCCCCUCGGGGACGCUCCUCUUUUCUGUGGCUCAUAAUGAGAUAAUGCUGUGGGAGGUGAAUGGCCUCUGAGAAUUUUUUUUUUUUUUUUUUUAGCUCAAACCUUGUAGGUUUAUGUCAUACAACAUGUUUUUGCCUUCUCAUCUUUUAUCUUUUUAUGAUAAAUUUUGAGGAAAGGAGGCAAUAGUUGUUGCCACUUUGCUGUCCACGUAAUAUUUGAAAAUACUGAAAACACUGUUUAGAGAUUUUCAUUGUGUUUUUUUCUUUUCUUGCAUAUAUUUCCAAAGAGAGGCUUCUCCUCUUUGUUGCUUUUUGAAAUUGAAGUAGAAAAAUAUGUUCCAGAAUGUCUCGAAGCCAAUGCCCCGCCUACGCCUCUGCUGUUGUCACUCAGCAUUGAUACAAAAGUUUCAGAUUGUCAAAAGCUGAUUUUAGAGUGUCUGGCACAUGUGCUAACCAUUUGUUCACCGUGAUGAACAUUUUAUAUGCAACCCUUAUCGGUUUUGAAAUGUAAGUAAAUCAAUAAU